AUUAUCAGGGCCAAGAUUAUCAACUAAUUAAAUAUUUGAUUGUCGACGUGAAUACCGUCGCCGUAAUAAUUACAAUUGGCUUUCUUAACUUGGUGGAAGACGUGUGUUAUGUUUUAGUGGUCGCAUUUUUUAGCCGCUUUGGAAGUUUUAGUGAUAAAAAUGCGGAAUAUCGCUUGUCUACAGCUGUUCUCUGAUAAAAAUCAAGAUCCGAUAAAUGUGCGGGUGACAACGAUGGACGCGGAACUGGAGUUCGCGAUCCAGCAGACCACGUCCGGCAAGCAGCUGUUCGAUCAGGUCGUGAAGACCAUCGGACUGCGCGAGGUGUGGUUCUUCGGACUACAAUACACCGAUUCGAAGGGCGAUCUCACAUGGAUCAAGCUCUACAGAAAGGUGAUGAGCCAGGAAGUCAAGAAAGAGAAUCCGUUACAGUUCAAGUUCCGCACGAAGUUCUAUCCCGAGGACGUGGCCGAAGAGCUAAUUCAGGACAUCACGCUCCGUCUUUUCUAUCUGCAAGUGAAAAACGCCAUUUUGUCAGAUGAAAUUUACUGCCCACCUGAAACCAGCGUCCUAUUGGCGUCGUAUGCCGUCCAGGCGCGUCACGGCGACUACAACAAGGCCCUACACAAUGCCGGCUUUCUCUCCAACGACCGCCUGUUACCCGAGAGAGUAAUGAACCAACACAAGAUGUCCAAGGAAGAAUGGGAGAAUAGCAUAAUGACAUGGUGGAAGGAACACAGGGGGAUGCUUCGCGAAGACGCAAUGAUGGAAUACCUGAAGAUCGCACAGGAUCUCGAAAUGUACGGUGUAAAUUACUUCGAGAUUCGCAACAAGAAAGGUACCGAAUUGUAUUUGGGUGUCGAUGCUCUCGGCCUCAACAUCUACGAGAAGGACGAUCAGCUGACGCCCAAGAUCGGCUUCCCUUGGAGUGAAAUUAGGAACAUCUCAUUCAAUGAUCGUAAAUUCAUUAUCAAACCGAUCGACAAGAAGGCGCCGGACUUCGUCUUCUUCGCUCCAAGGGUGCGUAUCAACAAGAGGAUCUUAGCCUUGUGCAUGGGUAACCAUGAGUUGUAUAUGCGUCGCCGAAAACCCGACACCAUUGAUGUCCAACAAAUGAAAGCGUUAGCCCGCGAAGAGAAGCUUCAGAAGCAACAGCAACGCGAAAAACUCCAAAACGAAAUAGCGGCCCGCGAGCGUGCCGAAAAGAAACAACAAGAGUAUGAGGAGCGACUGAAGCAGAUGCAAGAAGAUAUGGAGAAGAGUCAGGCCAAUUUGUUGGAGGCACAGGAAAUGAUCAGGCGACUGGAGGAACAGCUUAAGCAACUCCAAGCUGCCAAGGAGGAAUUGGAGAAGCGUCAGAACGAAUUGCAGGCGAUGAUGGAGCGUCUGGAAGAAAGCAAGAAUAUGGAGGCCGCCGAACGUCAAAAGUUAGAGGACGAAAUCCAAGCCAAACAGGCUGAAGUACAGCGUAUUCGCGAAGAGGUCGAGGCCAAGGACUCGGAAACAAAACGAUUGCAAGAAGAGGUAGAGAACGCGCGGCGCAAGGAAGAAGAGAUGAAGGCGCAGCAACUGGCGAAUGCCACCAAGGGUCACCUGGAGGAGAACAAUCACGACGACGAUGAUGAAAUGGUCAAUGGUGACGUGAGCAAGGAUCUCAGCACUGACGAGAACAUCGUCGAUCCCAUCGAAGACAGGCGAACAUUAGCCGAACGUAACGAACGUCUCCAGGAUCAACUUCUGGCUUUGAAAAAGGAUUUGGCGCAGUCCCGUGAUGAAACCAAGGAAACAGCUAUGGACAAGAUUCAUAGAGAAAACGUGCGCCAAGGCAGGGAUAAGUACAAGACCUUGCGCGAGAUUCGCAAGGGUAAUACUAAACGUCGUGUCGACCAGUUUGAAAACAUGUAAAAUUUCGCAAUUAAUCGGGCUUUUGGCAUAUUUUUCGGUACGCCUCGAACUAAACCCCGCCCAUGAAAUAAUAUAAAAAAACUUAAAACAAGUCCAUCCCUUUGCUCCCUUACUCCUAUACACCAACUGUUGUUAUCAUUGGAAUUGAAAUCAAAUACUGUCAAUUAACAAUACGAAAACAAAACCGUUUAAUGCUCAAUGAACGCGAUGUUACGGCAGUCGGCCGAAGUCGCUUUGUUUAAAAAUUAAGUUUUGAUUUUUUUACUUAUACAUUUAAGUAUUAUUUUCUCAACCGUAAGAUAGAGCACUUUUGCUCAUUAAGUGGCCUUACAGAAAUAAUCUUUCACUUUGUUAUUAUUAAAAUAGGGCUUUUAUAUAUUAUUAUAUUUUUAUCUAUGUUAAUAAUAUUAAAAAAUUGUUUUCUGUUAGUUUUAUUGUGAUAUAUAUUGAAAGGGCAGAUCUAUUGAUAACUAUUUCGAUUCUGCGUACAGUGCAUUUUUCCAAAUUUUUGUUUUUUUUACUCUUUUUUUUUUUGUUUGUUUUCACCCAAUAAAUCAUUCCAAUUUGUUUAACUCAUAAAAUAAGGUACAUAAGGUAGUAGUUGUCUUCUAAUUUUAGUGCCAUUGGUUUUUGGGCUAAUCCAAUACAUUUUUUUAAAAUAACAAGAAUAGUAUUAAAAUAUCAAUAUCAUUUCUUCGAAAAUUACGGUUUCUGUGCCAGGAACAGCAAACAUACAAACUAUUUUUUUACAUCCCUCUGCUAGUUGUAGGCCAAUUUUUGUGCUUCGCUCAAUUGAAAGUGGACCAAUCUUCGGGCCAUUUUUAUCGCAGCAAGUGAAUUUUAUCAAGACUCUAGCCUGGUGCUUCCUUAAAACUAAAACAUGUAAAUAUUCGAGUCAAAUAUGCAAACCAACGCAAUGUUUGCAUUUUAGACUACCAAAAUGUACAUAUAUCUUAUAUAAAACCAUGUUGCCUUUUUACAAUACAUUUUUAUGAUAUUUACAAUGGCUUUUAUACACAGGAAAAAAUUGGGUUAUAUAUUCAACAGUGGUGUGAAUAUUAUUUUACACAUUCAAUAGAUUAACAUCGAAGUAAAUGUAGUUUUUUUUUGUAGUUUAUUAAUAUUUUUUCGUUUGUUUCUAAAUUUUGUUUUAAUAUUUGCUUUCCAUCAAAAACAACUCAUGUAUACUUACUUAAUAUGCAUUUGCAAAUCACGAUCUGUUUUAAUUAAAAAUGAACUGUAUUGUCCAUUUGUAUAUUUAUAUUCUUCAACUAUAACUACACAUGUACUUCUAUAAUGUUUGUAUUUUUACUAGUUAUUCAUUAUGUACUAUUAGGGUAAAUAAAAAUAUUAUUUAGAACUUA